UUUUUCAUUUUCUUAUAUAACCUUUACAUAUACAAGAAUAAUUCGAAUUUGUAAUUAUCUGCAUUUUAUCAUCCUCACUUCCUCACCCCAAAACAAUAGCCACCGAUUCAAUGUACUGACUAGCUCUACAGUGCGUCUCUCUAGCUAGUGCCAAGUUCUGUGACCAUGGAAGCUUCAAGGAUGUUACUGUUCUCACCAUUAACAUCUGCUCCAAACGCACGCAUGAACCAUUUGAAUCACUUAGUUAGAACUAGAACUCCUAGGAAGAUAGUGAGCAUGGCAAAGGAAAGCAGCGACGACAGCAGCAUCGGAACCAUAGAGAAAGCAGCCAUAGCCGGCGGUUUAAUCUCACCGCCAGUAAUUGCAUGGUCUCUAUACACUCUCAAAACAACAGGGUGUGGUCUUCCCCCAGGUCCAGGUGGAUCAAUUGGUGCUAUUGAAGGAGUGAGCUACCUGGUGGUUGUGGGAAUAGUGGGUUGGUCCUUGUACACCAAAACCAAAACCGGCUCAGGUUUGCCCAAUGGUCCAUUCGGGUUGUUGGGUGCUGUUGAAGGUCUCUCCUAUUUGGCACUGGUUGCCAUUGUGGUUGUGUUUGGGUUGCAGUAUCUUGACCAGGGUUACAUUCCAGGUCCUCUUCCAGCUGAUCAGUGCUUCGGCUAGGUAAGGUUUGGUUUGGUUUGGUUUUCUUCUCUGUCUCACAAUUUGGUUUCCAAUUGGAUAAUGUGAUUUGGGCCAGUAGAACUCUAUCUUGUACUUGUGGACAUGGUUGCUUGCUCCAUGUAUCUUAGGAAUAUCAAUUUACUUUGCUCUA